UGUCCCAAUGGGAGGAGCUGAAACCUGAACCAAAUCCUUAACUUGUAGCAGGGAUUGGAUCCUUCUUGCGAAGAGAAGGAAAACCCUCCCAGCAAAACAGGCUGAGUUUGUAAAAGUGCUUGAGCAAAUUCAGAAGUGAUUGGAUGAAAAGAAAACCUUGGCCCUCCCCUCCUGCACCUGACUAGUGGAUAUUUACAGCACUUUUCAAGGAGCCUCUCUGCACUGCCACUACACAAUUUUACUGCAUGGAUUGAGCUGAGCAGACAAUACUAUAGGGACCAAUGUGCUAGCAGUGAUUCUGUGUGCUGCACACGAUCUGGGGACCGUUAUUCUAAACUGAAAGGAGAUUCUGGAAGAAGGAGAAAUUCUGCAUUCAAAAUGCCACGAUCUUUCCUGGUCAAGAAGCAUUUCAAUUCAUCCAAGAAGCCAAAUUACAGCAAACUGGACACUCAUACAGUGAUAAUUUCCCCAUACCUGUAUGAGAGCUAUCCAAUGCCUAUCAUACCACAGCCAGAGAUCCUGAGCUCAGUAGCUUACAAUCCAAUUACUGUGUGGACUACAACUGGGCUGCUACCAUCCCCGUUACCCAAUGACCUCUCUCCUCUUUCUGGAUACCCCUCAUCCUUGGGAAGAGUCAGUCCACCUCCACCCUCUGACACCUCAUCCAAGGAUCACAGUGGCUCAGAAAGUCCCAUUAGCGAUGAAGAAGAGAGAAUCCAGUCAAAGCUUUCAGAUCCCCAUGCAAUUGAAGCUGAAAAGUUUCAGUGCAGUUUAUGCAACAAGACCUAUUCAACUUUCUCUGGGCUGGCCAAACAUAAGCAACUGCACUGUGAUGCCCAGUCUAGGAAAUCGUUCAGCUGCAAAUACUGUGACAAGGAGUAUGUAAGCCUGGGAGCCCUUAAGAUGCAUAUCAGGACCCACACACUACCUUGUGUCUGCAAGAUCUGUGGCAAAGCUUUCUCUAGACCCUGGUUACUUCAAGGACACAUCAGAACUCACACGGGAGAGAAGCCUUUUUCAUGCCCUCAUUGCAACAGAGCAUUUGCAGACAGAUCGAACCUGAGGGCUCAUCUGCAGACCCAUUCAGAUGUGAAGAAAUACCAGUGCAAAAAUUGCUCCAAAACUUUCUCCAGAAUGUCUCUUCUGCACAAACAUGAGGAAUCUGGCUGCUGUGUAGCACACUGAGUCAUGCAGUCAAUGUUGACCUGGACCCAAUGCAUUUCUCCACUCCUGUUGCAAAUGAUAAGUGGAAACCGAAAGGCAUUUUCUCUUCUGCUUCCUAACCUCAUCCCCUCACCCUAGUCCACCCCCCCAAAAGUGGAAGAACUUAUGUCAGUACAAAUUAGCUUAAGUAUUUCUGCUAAAUUACUUAAGUGUGAAUUCUGAAAUACAAGGGGGAAAGAACCAUACAUGACAUUUCAAAUAGAUCAUAAGGAAGAAGCAUGAUCAGCCUUCUUCAGCGAUGAAGCCAAAUGUGCAUAGUCUUUUCUUACUAAGAAAAGUUGCAAAGAUUAACAGUACAUCCCUGCCAAACCAUUUCAACCAAAGAAACAGUAUUUAAAGAGGAAAUAAUAAUAAAAAUCCUACUCCAAGAGAAUUUGCCAGACAACAUUUAUCUCAGGUGCCUUAUAAAGUAUUUUAAGUUUACUUUAGUAAAUGUCUAAUAUUCCUAGUUGUUUUUUUUUUUUAAUUAAAAACUAAGGCCUCUAUUGAUGAUCUGAAAUGCUUUAAAACUGAAUAGUUCAAAGAGGAGGAAAAAACACAUAAGAGAAUGUAUGAAAAAUUAUCUGCCAUGUUUUAAAAGUUUGUGCCUUUAAAGAAGACUGUAGCUUCAAACAUUCCUGGUGCAUGCUUGACCCAUCUUUUAAUAUGGAAUAAUUCCUCUAAACUUUAAUCUUUUUUUUUUUAAACGGGAAUAAGUGCAAAAGAGGGGGUUCAUGGGAGUUUGACAAUGAUUUUUUUUUAAACUUGUUUGAAAUGCACAAAGGAAAUGCAAUAUCUUCAGCAGUGCCCCUCCAAGUGCCUUUUCUAUUAAUGGUUUUGUAAAGUAUGUGGACAUAAUGUAAAUAUUUUUAUUUUUAUAUGACUGAAUGUGUUAUGAAUGAAAGUGAAGUGUUGCCUAUAGCAGCAUCUAUAGGUAACUUGAAGAAAGUGUGAAGUGAAUUUUGUUAUGUUGUUUUUUAGCCACUUUUUUACAAUAAACAUUUUUGAGUAAGA